AUGAAGCUUGGGUGUGCCCCAAGAUCAAAAAUUGCAACCACAUCCAGUGGGGCUCUGACCCUGGACCUGGCACUAGGAGGGGGGUUUCCCAAAGGGCGCAUUAUUGAGAUUUUUGGCCCUGAAAGUUCUGGAAAGACUACUCUUGCCCUCCAUGCUAUCGCAGAAGUCCAAAAACGUGGUGGGAUUGCGUGCUUGGUGGAUGCGGAGCAUGCAUUUGACCACGUCUAUGGCGCGGGAGUCGGUAUCAAUAUACCUGAACUAUAUCUAUGCCAACCAGAGUCUGGUGAAAUGGCAUUAAGUGCAGUUGAUCAACUUGCAAGGUCGGGCGUUGUCAGCCUUGUCUGCAUCGACUCUGUGGCGGCUCUCACGCCCAAGUCUGAGAUCGAAGGGGAGAUCGGCCAAAGUCAGGUUGGUGCUCAGGCACGCCUGAUGAGCAUGGCUCUGAGGAGGUUGUCAACCAGCGCCAGCCAGAUGGGCUGCACCAUCAUAUUCCUCAACCAGAUAAGGAACAAGAUUGGAGUCCUGUACGGCAACCCAGAGACGACGAGCGGUGGACAGGCGCUCAAGUUCUAUUCCUCUGUUCGGGUGGACGUGAGGAAAAAAGCUGAGUUGAAGAGUGGUGAUGAGAAAACAGGAAUACACAUCACUGCCAGGAUUGUCAAGAACAAGUGUGCUGCCCCUUACAGGGUUGCCCAAUUGGACAUCAUGUUUGGGACGGGGAUAGACGUUUUUGGAUCUGUGUUGGACGCUGCGGAGAGCUGUCGCGUUGUGGAGAGGAGGGCAUCGUAUUACUAUUGGGAAAACGUCAAGAUUGGACAGGGACGUGAGAAGACCCUCCAGUGGCUUCAGGAAAACCCGCAGGAGAUGGAGAAGAUCGAGAGGGCGACAAGGGCUGCUGUGUACGACGGCACAUCGGAGUCGGAUUCCAGGACAGAGGUGCCCGAAGGUGUGGAUUCGGAUGAGAUCUCAAAGGAAGAUGAGGCAGUUGUGGCGAAUGCCUGA